CGUCACGUUAUUUUUCUAAUUUCGGUUUACCGGACCCGCCUCAGUUGAGAAUAAUCCGCAGGGUGGUUGCCAACGCUCGCUAAUUUUUCGCUUCAAAUCUCGUUCUUUCGUCGUUUACAACUGAGAAUAAAAAAUGGUUGCACCCAAAGACGAGGAAUGGACCCAUACGGACAUAAAUUCCAAGUACCAGGAGGUGUUGUGGACGAGGUCGGAGGCCCUCGAAGUGCUGACGAAAGGUCUGAACGAGUUCGGGCCCGUGUUGUGGCAGAAUGUCGUUGGCUCCGAACUGAACAAUCGCAUUCUUUCACCGGUCCUAGUGGCAGUGUCUUUGGCAAUGCCAUCGUUCGGAGCGAGCGCGGACGACCAAUCGAGGUUUAACGGCAUCGUCAAGACUCCGAAGUUCAAGUACCAGGCGAGAAUAGCGUAUCAGGCGCUGGUCGAUCACCUGGAGGAAUUGAGAGAUGCAGGACUCCGGGUGGCCCACGGCAUCUUCAUGUCCGAGACGACAGAACCUCGCUUCGAGUUCAUCGAAGCGACUACGAGAGCUUUCCGAUCGCCAUUGAAGAAAAUCAAUUUCGAAAAUCCCUAUGAGAUAGCGAAAAGCAUCAACGACUGGAUCACCAAGAAAACGGGCAGCAAGAUUUCCAACGUCAUCGCGGAUGUUGACAUUGAACGACAUCCGUGCAUUAUUCUCGCGAGCGCUCUCUACUUCAAGGGUACGUGGGAGCAAAAAUUCAACGAAACGGAUCCCAAGAGUCAACCGUUCCACCUCAGCUCUGAUCACGAAAAAAACGUGGAUUAUAUGGCCACAGACGGAACUUUCCUUCGUGGAUAUAUCAAGGCAGUUGAGGCCGAUUACGUCGUGGUUCCGUACCAAGUGAAUGAAGGAAAAAAAAUGAUUCCUAUGAAGAUGAUCUUCAUACUGCCGAAGGAGGAGACCGGUUUUUUUAAGCUCGUAGACAACUUCCAUUUGAUCGCUGUACAAAAGCUUAUCCCUGAAGCGACAGAAAGCGAGGUCCACAUCCAGUUGCCGCAGUUCGAUAAACUGGAAUGUCAAGAGGACCUCAAACUACCUUUGAAACGAUUGGGCUUGGGCGCGCCGUUCAGUCCGUGCGGCUUAUCGAAUUUCAACAAGCUCGUCGAUGAGGAACCCAAACUUUAUAUUUCUCAAGCCGUCCACACAGCUGUUUUCGAAAUCGAUUCAAUCGGCGUCAAGGAUCCACCCUCUCCUCCUGCCACGGGCCCGGGUGUUUUUCAGUUUAUCGCCAAUCGUCCUUUCUACGCUGUUCUCCUCGGAGAAAUCAAUGAAGAUUACGUCAAUAUAUUGACAAUUCGCUAUUGCGGACCGAAUUAGAAGAGUCCUGAGGAACAAUG